GUUUCUGCAAAGGAAACGCCUAAGCAAAGAACGCGUUCCCUUCACUACAGCCAACCACAAAGGCCCCCCACACACGCACACACACGCACACACCAUAACGUAAUGCCCGUGAGCGUCGCCUCUUCCUCUGCAGUGGUGGACCUGUGCUCGGCAGUGGAGUACCUUCUCUUGGACAUCGACGGCGUGGUGUGGUCGGGCGAUGCCGUCCUUCCACGCAUCCCAGAAGCGUUGGAAUACCUGCGCGCGCAGCACAAGCAGAUCCGCUUCAUCUCCAACAACCUCAUCUACAGCCGCGGCGCCAUUGCACGGCAGUUCGCGCACAGAGGCAUCCGCGGUGUCACGACGGAGGAAAUCUACACCGUCGCCUACGCCAGUGCCCUCUACCUGCGUGAGCGGUUCGCCCAGACGGAGGAUGGGUUGGUGCACGGCAACGUGCUGAUCGUUGGUGGGCCCGGCAUUCAUGACGAGGUGCGCGCCGUUCUCGCACCUGGCUACACGACGUACGGUGCGGAGCUGAGAGACGUGCCUUAUCGCCCCGACACGGUCGCGGCGGCAAUGGAGAGUCCACUGCUGCCCCCACCAGACGACCCACGUGUUGCAGAGCUCUACAAAGGAAGGCGUGUGUCGUUGAGUGAAAUGAACUUUGUUGCGGUGGCGGUGGGUCUCGACUUUGAGCUGAACAUGACGAAGCUGGCCUGUGCGGCCGCGGUGCUGCAAAGCAACUCUAACGCCGUCUUUGUGGGCACAAACCCCGACCCUUCCGAUCCCGCCGGCGCCAAUCACGUUUUGCUCCCCGCCUCCGGCGCGGUGCUCGCUGCUGUGACGACGGCCAUCGGUCACGCGCCGGACGUGAUGUGUGGCAAGCCCAGUCCAACGCUGGGGCAUCUGCUGCUGGAAAGGGAGGCGCGGGAUGGCCACCGUGUGGACCCGCGGCGCAUGGUCAUGAUUGGGGACCGUUUGAUGACGGACAUCCAGUUUGGAAAGGGCAUCGGGGCGCAAACGGCGUUGGUGCUGAGCGGUGCGCAGAAACUCGAAGAUGUGGAAGCGCUCGAAGCAAACGGCGCCGUAGACGAACUCCCGGACUUGGUGCUGAACUCGCUGGCGGACUUCCUCCCUCUCGGCGCUGCGGAGGUUGUGGGCAGCGACGUAGGCUAA